AUGACCAUGUCAAAGCCAAUCUUGUUGAUUUCCAUUGGGUUCCUGAUUUGUCUUGUUAGAGCUUGGGGCCAAAAGGGACCUCUUGCCCCAGCUGGAAGAAUUUUGAAAAAAAGACAAACAAACGAAAAUCAAGAAUUUUUGAAUGCACACAACGAAAGAAGGCGUAACGUCAACCCCUCCGCUUCUAAUAUGAAAGAGAUGAUUUGGAGUGAUGAACUGUACACCAUCGCUCGUAAUUAUGCUCAACAAUGUUCAUUCAGUCAUAAUUCACAACGUUCAAGCCAGUCACAAACGUUUUCUUAUGUUGGAGAAAAUAUAUACAUGGGGACCUUUGGUACCGCAACGGAUGCCGUUAGGUCAUGGGAUGAAGAAAAGUCUUAUUACGAUUUAUCGUCGAACACCUGUACACGUACAUGUGGACAUUACACACAGGUUGUAUGGACCGACUCUGAAUACCUAGGCUGUGCACGACAGCAAUGUGGAAAUUCUUACUUGAUUGUUUGUAACUAUGGACCUGGGUGAGAUAUAUAUUUAAGAUGCUUUGGGG